GACCUCUAGUGGCUUGCAAUGCCUCUGUUUUUGCUAGCAGACCCAUGUCUUCAAAAACAUCUCAAACCAUGCCAUAAUUGCUCAAUUUGCAACUUCUCUCCUUCUCCCUCGCCUCCCAGACUCUUCCUCCCCCUUCUGAGUGUUUUGUCUCAAAGAUGCUUUCCCUCUCUUUCAUGUCUUGUCACCUCUUCACAGGCAUACAUGUUUGCGGAAGCGCUGGCAGAAGGCGCCGUAAAGAUGGGGAUGCAGGGGGCCACCGCGAAUAAGAUUGCUGCCCAGACCCUCUUGGGAGCCGCCAAAAUGAUCCUGGAAACGGGGGAGCACCCGGCUGUCCUGCGGAGUGCCGUCUGCACACCUGGUGGCACCACCAUCCAUGCGCUGCACGAGCUGGAGAAGGGGGGUCUUCGAGCGACCGUCAUGAACGCUGUGGAGGCAGCCACAUGCUGGGCUCAGGAGCUGGGGAAGAGGUAGACACCGCUGACCUACAGUGGCCACGGGCUGAACCUUGCAGCUGAAAGGAUUCCCCUUUCCUCACCCAAUU